AUGCGUUUCGAAAAGCAACUAGCAUACCUUGAAAAGCUGCAUGCGGAAUUUCUCUCUGAUUCUGAGCCAGAAGCUGAACCUGGCGAUGAUGAUGAUAGCUUGGAAGGAGAUUAUGAAGAAGUACAGGACCACGAUACCGACAUGGAAGAAGACAUUGAGGAGAGAAUCUUAAAAUCUCGAAGACAGCAGCGAAGAUUGACUUAUUUCCGCGGAGGAGAACCUCAACUUCGUUUUGUGCAACAUCCCUUAAUCGAACUAGAAGUUGAUAUUCCAAAAGAGGACAAAGAGGAAGAACUAACUCCAGAAAACGUGGACUAUGAAGACGAUGUAGAAUAUUUGAGAAGUUUAGACCCUAAAGAAUGGAAGUCACAAGAUCAUUACAAAGUCCUAGGUAUCCCAAAUAUAAAAUACAAAGCAACAGAUGACAUUAUCAAAACUGCCUACAGGAAGAAAGUCUUAAAGCAACAUCCUGACAAACAUAAAGCGCUAGGGGAAGAAAUCAAAACAGAUGAUGACUAUGUUACCUGUAUAACAAUGGUUUAUGAAACUAUAGGAAAUAUAAGUAGGAGAAGAGCGUACGAUUCGUUUGAUCCACAAUUCGACAAUGAUCUACCUUGUACUAGUGAUAUAAAAAAAGACUUUUACAAAGCGGUUACGUAUUAUUUUGACUUAAACUCCCGAUGGUCGGAAAAAACACGGGUGCCCAAAUUAAGAACUGAAAAUUCGACAAAGGAAGAGGUGGAACACUUUUAUUCGUUUUGGUAUGAUUUUAAAUCAUGGAGGGAAUAUUCCUAUGAAGACGAAGAGGAGAAAGAUAAAUGUCAAGAUCGUCUAGAAUCUACACCUUAG